AUGGCGUCAUCAAGAAUUCCAAUUCAUCCCUCUACCCAAGCACUGCAUGCCGAUGAUCCAUUGCACCUAGUGACCGACGUUGCACCCCCAAUCCACUUGUCCACAACGUUCAGGUACUCUGACAAUCCGGAUGAACUAAUUCCAUCCAAAGACCCUGUUGGAGAAUUUAACGGGAAAAAUUUCGUGUAUUCCAGAGAAUUUGCACCCAACCCCACAAGAUUUGAAGCAAUUCUUUCUUCUCUUCUCAACGGCAAAGCAGUAAGCUACACAACCGGUUUAGCCGCCCUCCACGCGGCAUUGAUACUCUUGAACCCUCGCCGCAUUUCUGUAGGAGAAGGCUACCACGGCAGUCAUGAAGUGAUAGCCGUUGUUUCCCGCCUUUCAGGACUUCAAAAGCUGCCGCUUGACUGCCCCGUGGAUGCUUUAGGAAAGGGCGAUGAAUAUGCCAAAAAGGCCCACUCCAGAGGUGCUUAUCUCAUAGUCGAUAGCACAUUCGCCCCUCCCGGCCUGCAGGACCCAUUUCUUUGGGGAGCCGAUAUUGUCAUGCAUUCUGGAUCCAAGUAUUUUGGCGGCCAUAGUGACCUCCUAUGUGGUGUUCUCGCCACGAAGAACGAGGAUUGGGCAAAAAGGCUCAUCGAAGACCGUCUGGCCGUUGGAAACGUUAUGGGGAAUCUAGAGGGUUGGUUGGGUGUUCGGAGCCUACGGACGCUGGAGGUACGUGUACAGCGCGCAAGUGAGAACUGCGGGAAGCUAGUCUCAUGGCUCAAUUAUGCUUUGAACGUAGCUAGUCCUGCAGUAGGUAGUGAAGAGAGUAUUGUGCAGGCUGCUCUGGACAAAAUUUACCAUGCUAGUUUCCAGAGUGAGCCGUGGUUGGUCAAGCAGAUGCCGAACGGGUUUGGGCCUGUUUUCUCGAUCACUUUGCGGAGAGAGGACUUUGCACGACAGCUACCAAGCAAACUUCGUUUCUUCCAUCAUGCAACCAGUCUUGGGGGAGUGGAGUCUCUGAUUGAGUGGCGCACAUUGUCAGAUCCGACUGUUGAUCAGAAGUUACUGCGGGUCAGUGUUGGGUUAGAACAUUGGGAGGAUUUGAAAAAUGAUUUGUUGCAGGCAUUCAAAUCAAUUGUACAGUGA